UUGUUUCCCGGUUCCCUCUUUCGUUAUUUCUAUCACCUAAAUCACCUAAAAGAGCAUCGAGCUUCUGAUCAGAAAGAUUCAAAGUCAAAAAUAGGGCUAAGUGCUAAAGGAGAAAGCUACUUCUUUGCUCUAGACUUCCCUCCAGGUGGGAAAGACGAAUCAGAAAGAAUAUGAACUUCUCAGAAGAGUGGAAAUCGCUCUGGUCAAUUUCAUCUGUCUUCUCUCCACCUCUCCUCCUCUCCGGCCCCUCUGCAGAACCGUUGGGCCCGCUUUUCUUCACCCCGUCUCCUAAAACCCUAAACCUUCUCUUCUCUUCCCCCUCUUUAUGCCCUUCAAUCCCUCCUGCCAUUCCUCUUCAAACAUCCCUGCGUGCAGCUUCCCUGUCUUCCAAAGACACUAAAAUUCCAGAUAGUGUACGUACUUCCAUUGCUGCCGAUUUUGGCCGUCAGUCCGAUGACGUUCCUCCUAUAGCCGGUAACAAUCUUCAAAUGCUUCGUUGCCAGAACGGAGAAUUUCUGUUUUUAUUCCCGACUGGAGAAAAUUCGGACCGGGUUGGUUCUGUUGUGUUGUCUGUAACGGAAUCAAGUUGGGAAGUUCGAACAGAUAAAAGUGGUAAUAUCUUUAUGUCUACGGACGGAUUAAUUCAUCGGAUUCUUAAAAUGUUUGUAACAUCUAUUAAUGCUCGGUGUUCCAAUUCUUCUUCAUUAACAGGUAAUUCUGUAAGUAUUGGGUUUUUGGUAGCUUGUACUUUGUAUUCCGUUCAUUGGUUCCGCGUUGAUAUUAACAACGUGGGAUCAAACUUGGGAAGACCCGAUUUGAUUCAUUUGGGUAUGAAGAAGUUUAGCAGAUAUGUUGCACAUGCUUGUUGGAGCUCACAUCUGUCGGAAGAGUGUGUGGUUUUGUUAGAAAGUGGUGAAUUAUUCUUGUUUUCUUUGGGUUCUUUCUCUAAUGCCAGUGCUUUUCCCGUUAAAAUGAGAGGAAGUAGAGUUGGAGUUUCAUGGAAGGAUUUAGAUAUAGAUUUGGAUAGUUUGGAGAAAGGUGAAUGGUUAUGCUGUGAAUUUGGUUGGCAUCCCCGAAUUUUGAUAGUCACUAACACUAGUGCUGUUUUCUUAGUGGACUUGAGGUUUGAGGAAAGCAAUGUGAGUAUUUUAGCAAAGAUUGAGAUGUUUCAGCCAUCAAUGGGAGUGGACAGGUUUCUUGCAUUUUGUAGAGCUGGUUCUGAUGGCUUCUAUUUUGCAGUUACUACUGAAUAUUGGUUGCUUCUUUUUGACAUUCGGAAGCCAUUGAUGCCUGUUUUACAGUGGGCUCAUGGCCUUGAUAGCCCACGUUACAUUAAUGUGUUUAGGUUGUCAGAGUUAAGGUCAGCACCCAAAGAGGAUAAGUAUAAGUGGGCUUCGGAAUCUGGUUCAGUCAUUUUGGUGGGUUCUUUUUGGGACUGCGAAUUCAGUUUAUUCUGCUAUGGACCUUCUUUACCAACUCCAGAUGAGACAGUAGCUUCUAAAAUUUCAAAGUUCACCAAUACCCUGUAUGCAUGGGAACUCCCUUCUGAGCUCUCCUUGUCAGGUCGGAAGUGCUACCAUGGAGAUUGUCUUUUAAGAGAGAAUUUUUCUAAGGCUACUCUUCCUGUGUGGGUUGAUUGGCGGCAGAAGAAAGCAAUAGUUCUGGGCUUUUGUAUUCUUAGUAAAGAUCUCUCAUCCUUAGCAUCUGAAACAGGCACUCUUGAUGGCUUCACGCUGAUUAGGCUAAUGUCUUCAGGGAAGCUUGAAUCACAGACAUACCAUGCUUCAUGGGAUUUAGCUAAUAACAAGCAGGGGGGAGAAGUCAAUGAGACCACUUCGUUGCUGGUUGAAGAUCCUCUUCUAUAUACAUUGGGUGAUCAGAAAUAUAAAUUUCCUAGGAGAUUCAAACAUCUGAAAUUUGAUUAUCUCCUUGGGUAUUUGAAUGGAUAUCUAACCAAGCUCAUGGAAUCAAAUAUGCAAAAUACUCAGAUGGAUUUGACUGAAACAUCUCCAUAUACUCAAGACUGGUGUGAACUUAUUCGUGACAAAUUGAAGGCUUCUGGCAUCAUCCAAAUGGGGUCUUCUCCUGUUCUUACUGAUGUUCUUAAUGAUAUCAGAUUACCUGCAAGUGCAUAUGAGAUUGCUUCGAGGAGAAUGUGGGCAGGGCUGCCAAUGAAUGUUUUACAGUUGGCUUUUUCUAACUACCCAGAACUCCUUGAAGUUCUUUUAGACCAGAAGAAGGUCUCACUGGAGUUCUUGGAUGUUCCUAGUUUGCCCCAGUGGCCACCAUUUUUCUUGAGGAAGCCCUCAAGCCAAAGCAAUAAGUGGUCAUUCAAAUUGCAGUCUGAUGAUGCUCUUGUAGGUCCUGUACUUCCUCUUCCUGUGCUUCUUUCACUUUGUGAGAUUAAUAAGAGCCAGAGAAGUUCAGCUAUGGAUGAAGGAGAUUCAUUUUCAGCUGAGGCGGAAUUGACUCACCAAUGCAAUGAGGUCAUCAAAGUGGUUAAUGAGAUGACAUUGCCGAGAUCCAGCUCUGAGUUUAGUGAUUCCUAUGUUGUCUCCCUUGCUGAUCAUAGAGAUGAGAGGUGGAGUAGUUCAGAAGAGCAGCAAGAGCCAAAGCCUUUCUUUACAUACAAGCCUCAGGCCUUUUCAGAUAAGAGACCUACCAUUAAUUCCACACAAGAUGAGACUAUUUUUGAGGACAAGAGGUUUGAAACCUUUGUUUGUAAAAGGCCUGAGAGAGAAUUUGCACCUAAUCCACAUAAGGAUUCCAAAAUGCAACCGAAACUUGUUCCAAAUUCUAAUAAGGAAUUGGUUGGAUUAGAAUUUUUUGAUGAAUUGUGCCCUGUAAAUUUGCAAUUUGAUUCUUCUUCAUUGAGCUUUGGGCCUAAGGAGCUGAAAGGUUAUAAGUUGUUGAAGAGGCAGUUUGCAAAAUGGCAGGAAGGUUUUAAGCCAUAUCAAGAUUUCUGUACUCUGUCCAAAAUCAGAAAACAAGCACCAUGAUUUCUGGAUCUAUUAUGUCAGCUCCUAAGAUCUGCGUGAAGCCACCAAAAAUGACCUCAUCUCCAUAUACAGUCAUAGAGGAACUGGUUCAUCCCAAGGAAGCAGAAAAGAGACCUAGCAAUAGUGUUUCUGAUAGACAGUAUUAGUGGUAUGAUGUCUACCACAAGCAACAGAAACAGGGAGAUGGAGAAUGGAGAUGGGACAGAUGCUUACUUGGCUGUUGACGAGUUUAAUGAGCUGGGAUCUGCUCACAACAAAAUACUUUUCCAACUAGUUCCAGUAUGAUUUGUGUCAUAUGUUGGAGUAUUCUAACAAGGAAUAUUUACAAUCAAUAUUCCUUUAGCCAAGAAAGACUAAUAAGGACUUCAGUGGGUGUCAUGUGCUUGUAGCUUCCAAACAACCAAAGUUUUUCCUUGCAAUCUUACUGAGAAAGGAAAGAUGAGAAAAAAUAAUUCACGACCUGUCAGAAAGCAAGCUUGUCUGCUGCACAAACCACAAAGGGUCAACUAUCAACUGCUUGUUUCUGCCAUUUUUCAGUCAAGUGAUACAAGUGACAUUGAUGAUGGGGGCUCAGAUUCUUGCAUCUAUACCAUAAUGUAGAUCACAUCCAACAAAUCAAUUAAUCAGGAUUUAUAAGAUUGAUAGACUGAUACCAACCCACUUGAAUUGGGUUUGAUCUUGUCACUGGGUGUUCAUCAUUUCUGUGGCAAGUACAUCAAGAGAUCAUAGGCCUCUCUUGUUGGGCAAAGCAAUCUCUACUGUCAUCAUCGUUGUUUAUUUCAUCAGAAAGAGGUUGAUACAAUUCUCAGGUUGGUUCUCAUCUGAGCAUUUAUAUCAGCAGAUUCCAUAUUUGAGUCUUGGAAUGGAAGCAGCUGUAACAUGACUUCUUCUCCAUUACGUGUACAAUAGUUUAGACAUUUUAAAUAUAUAUAUCUAUAUAUAAUAUAGUCAAAUAGUAUUCUCAUUAUCUUCAUGCUUCUCAGAGCUUCAUUAGAUAUUUGACAUGUUUUUCAUCAUACCAUGCAUAAUCAUGUUAAAAAAAGCAGCAACCAGUCAACAACUUUUUUUGUCACUCUUUUCUCGUUAUCUGUAUAUUGAGGGAAUGUCUGUAUGAAAUCCAGAUCUCGCUCAUGAGAUGUUUUUUGGGCAUUUCAAUGGCUGUUCUGAUAUAAAGAGUCUGUUUCUCCUGUAAUUGUUUGGGAGUCACUGUUCUGUAGUCACAUACUAGUCAUAA